AUGCCCUCUUUCUUUUUACGUUCUUUUGCUGGCGGUUCCUCCACUAAGUUCCAGCCUGCUGCAUCUGCAGUCCCCCAGCUGGCCCAACACCAGCGACAACAACAACGAAUAGAUCGGCGCUGGGACGCAGACUUCUUCAAUAUGCUACCCCUCGGGCUCUUGAACGCGGCGCAAGGCCACCCCAUGCUGGUUGAGCUCAAGAACGGCGAGACGCUCAACGGCCACCUGGUGCUGUGCGAUACAUGGAUGAAUCUGACGCUGCGCGAGGUUGUGCAGACUAGUCCGGAGGGCGAUAAAUUCGUGCGGUUACCCGAAGUUUAUGUGAAAGGGAAUAAUAUCAAGUACCUGCGGGUGCCGGACGAGAUCAUCGACAUUGUCAAGGAACAACAGAGUCAACAAGGGGGCUACCGCGGCGGGCGUGGCGGGCAAGGGAGAGGCGAUCACGGCGGUCGGGGUGGCGACAGGGGGCGCGGCGGGAGAGUCGCAGAUACCGGCCUAGCCUGUCGUCGCCGUGGAACCGGGUUAGCGCCGAAGCGCCAGCGCAUCCGCCUCGCACACAUCAACAAGCCCGCAAUCGACCUGUCCCCGCCUGGGAGGCUAUACUCAGAAUGGGCGAUACCACAACCGCAAAACCCGACAGCGGAUGAACUGCCAAAUCCCAUCCAGCCACAACCUAACCUGAAACUGGAUCCCGUCGAGGUUACACGGCUCAGCGCCAGUAGCAACUCAGACUCAGCCUCUCCGACGUCCAUCGAAAUAGCGACACGUACCGCGGGGACGAAGGCCUUACUCCGCUCCCCGCUCGAGUUUCCGCCUCAAACGGUCGACGUCCCGACGAACGGUAUAUACGAUGCAUUGAUUUAUGCUCAGCACCUUUAUGGCCAGGGCCGCAAGAUACGCCGCCUCGUCAGGUACCUGGUAGAGGAACGUGGCGAGCGGCCCAAUCUGGUGUUGUACUGGUCGCUGGUUUCGGCCAACCGCGAGACGACGACUGGCUCGGCCGCCGAGCUGGCGGCCAUUCUCAAGGAAAUGAGGUCGCUGGGCAUUGAGCCGCCUUCCAACUUCUAUAAAGCUGCGCUGCGGGUGCUUGCGGUCCAUCCGGAUUAUCUCACAAGGAACACCAUUAUGCAGAAGAUAAAGGCACAGGACUUGGACCUCAUGGCUUCAGCCAGGCAUAGCGUCUCCUUGGGUCUUUUGCGUGACGGCCAGAACGAGAUGGCGUUGGAUUACUGGGACCAGAUGCGCCAGGACGGCAUCGAAAUACCCGAAUGGCUGUCUGACAUUUUUAUCUGCGUGAUGGUGUUACGCGGGUUUCUGGACGAAGCAGUCCAGCUGCUUUACCAAAGACUCGAGAUGGUGGGGGGCGAUGCCAGCAGGGUGCCUCGUGUCCUGUGGUCUUACCUCCUGGACGAAUGCAGCAGGAACCUGCACUGCAACGGGACGAGCUUCAUAUGGGACAAGAUGGUUCGCCAAGGAAGGCUCAACCCGCCAGACGGCGUCGCGGUCAACGUGCUCCACACCGCUGCUCGCCACGGCGACACGACCCUGGCGACGGCCGUCCUCGAGCUUCUCUCGGGACGCGGGGUCAAGCUAGGUCUCUUGCACUACGAGCCGCUAAUCGAAACGUACGUGCAAGCUGGCGACUUGGAGAACGCAUUCCGGGCGCUCCACAUCAUACGAGACGCGGGGAUCCGUGUGGACUCACGCAACACGCGGCCCAUCUUCCUGCUGCUGAAGCGGUCUCCCGAGCUCGUGGACAAGGCCGUCGGCUUCCUCCGCGGCAUGGGCAAAGAAGGGUACCUCCCCGUGCGCGCCAUCGAUGUGCUGUUAGAGGCCGUCCUGCAGACGCGCGGCUUCGAACAGGCGCUUGACAUGUACCGGCAGGUCUGCGACCUCUGCGAGUCCGGACCGGACAAGCGCACGUUUGGCCUCUUGCUCGAUGCGUGCGGAAAGGCCGAGCACGCCGUGUUCCUCGUGUCGGAGAUGGACCGCUUCUCAGUCCGGCCGUCGAGCGGAAUCCUCGAUAACCUGGUGCGCUGCUUCGCACACGACGGCAGCCUCGACGUGGCGCUGGUGUAUUUGAGUGAGAUGGACUCGGCCAGCGACCGCGCCCUGGAGGCGGUCGUACGCCGCUGUUGCCGGGACAGAGAUCCCAGGGUGUGGGCGGUUAUGGGGGAGGUUCGGAAGAGAGGACUCAAGCUUGGGGAAGAUGUGAGAGAGAUAUUGAGCGAAAUCCCAAGGGCCUGAGGUCGGCCAGGGCCUGUCUCGUCCAGGGUGUGUAACAAUAAUGACUGUAUAUAUGUAUUGUACACUAUUGUACAAUGUCCGCGAGCAGUCCGGGCGACAUACGGAGUUUGUAAUACAAAGAUUCAAGCUCCUCGAAACGACGGCUGCUCAGAGAUUGGCGAGACGGGAUUGGGAAUUUUGGGAAGCUGGUUGAAUGCACUUACACGAUUGAUACCCUCAAGCUGUGACUGGAUCAAUGGUUUGUAAUCCGGCGGCCUUGAGACCCCGACCCCGACUACCGACAGGCACCGAGACUGGUGCGUCAUCGUCGACGCACCUUGGCUAGCUGCCAGUUGCCAUUGGACAACCGGAAAGUGGUUAUCAACCAUGCAGGAUGCGGUGUCAAGAGUCUCAUCCUGUCGUUUAUGAAUUCGAGAUGCAGCGC